ACCAACAACCGGAAAAAAGCAGAAACCGGAAGCUGCUAGCACAGUCAGCUUGUCGUUGUUGUUUCUUUGGCCUCUCUGAGAAACGCGCUCGUUUUGCUGCUUUCAUCAGACUGAAGAGGUUCCCUCUAUCAGACUCGCUCAUCUGAGUUGGUCAUGAUGCAGGAUCGCUGCUCGCUCUCUCAUCCAUCCUGCUCACACUCUCCGACGGAAAAGCCCCGAAUCUGAAUGUGACUCUGGAGGAAAAAGAGGUUAGCUCUACUCCGUGAACUCUGCUGUUAGCUAAACACGGCUAAAGAGAACCUGCUACCACUUCAGGAUCAUCCAUCAGCAUGGACACAGAUGUUCAACAGCUGGUGCUGGUUAAAGAAGAAGCUCCUGAGGAACAGAGUGCAGGUGAGGACCAGAAAGACCCAGAACACAUCCACAUGAAGGAGGAACAAGAAGAAAACUGGACCAGCCUGGUGGGAGAGCAACUCCAUUUGGAGGAGAAAACUGAUGCUGCCAGGUUUCCAUUCACAUUGGCUUCUAUAAAGAGUGAGGAUGAUGAAGAGAAACCUCUGUUCUCACAGCUUCAUCAGCAGCAAGUAGAAGACAAAGAAGUUCGAAACAGCAGCUCAGCUCACCAGAUGACAGCAGAAACCGGUGGAAGAGCAGACACUAGCAGGAACCAAGAUCUGAACCAUCAUGAACAGACAUCUGAUUCUUCAGAAACUGAAAUGAGUGGAGAUGAUGAAGAGGAUGAUGAUGUGAAUCUAGACUCUGAGCUGUCUGACUCUGGGUCUGAAACUGGAGAAGAAGACAUUGACUGGAUUGAAAGCAAGUCUUCUGAUUCACAUAUUAGGACUGCCGACAAGUCCUUUAGCUGCCCUGAGUGUGGUAAACAAUUUCUCCACAAGAGGUCUCUCCAGAAACAUGUCAGAGUGUCAGGUCAUUCAGCAAUAAGGUCUUCAAGUUGUUUGGUCAAAAAGAAAUGUGUUGAAGUGAAGCAACAUGUAUACUCAUGCAAGAGAGUCCAGAAAAAACUAAAAUCAUUUAGUUGUGAUGACUGUGGUAAAAGAUUUAGUGUAAUGUAUAAUUUAAACAGGCACAUAAGAGUCCACACAGGAGAAAAACCUUUUGCCUGUGAGACCUGUGGCCAAAGAUUUGCCCAUAAACAAGUCUUAGACCUUCACAUGAAAGUCCACACAGGAGAAAAACCUUUUCCCUGUGAGACCUGUGGUCGAAGAUUUAGCCGAAAAGGAAAUUUAAUCAUUCACAUGAGAGUCCACACAAGAGAAAAACCUUUUGCUUGUGAGACCUGUUGUGAAAGAUUUAGCCAAAAGACACAUUUAAACUGUCACAUGAGAGUCCACACAGGACAAAAACCUUUUGCAUGUGAGACCUGUGGUAAAAGAUUUAGCCAAAAGACACAUUUAAACUAUCACGUGAGAGUCCACACAGGAGAAAACCCUUUUGCCUGUGAGACCUGUGGGCGAAGAUUUGCCCAUAAACAAGCCUUAGACGUUCACGUGAAAGUCCACACAAGAGAAAAACCUUUUCCCUGUGAGACCUGUGGUCAAAGAUUUAGCCGAAAGGGAAAUUUAAACAUUCACAUGAGAGUCCACACAGGAGAAAAACCUUUUCCCUGUGAGGCCUGUGGUCGAAGAUUUGCCCAUAAACAAGCCUUAGACGUUCACAUGAAAGUCCACACGGGAGAAAAACCUUUUGCCUGUGAAACCUGUGGUCAAAGAUUUAGCCAAAAGACACAUUUAAACUAUCACGUGAGAGUCCACACAAGAUAAAACCCUUUUGUCUGUGAGACCUGUGGUCAAAGAUUUAGAGACAAGACAGAUUUAAACUGUCACAUUACAGUUCACACAAGACAUAAUGGGUUAUUUUGAAGGUGUUAUGACGGGAAAAAAAUUCCAUCUGUGAGAGCAGGGGAGUGGAGGAGGAGGAGAAUGUGUGUGCGAGCAAGGGCAUAGCAAGCUUUUGUAAAGUGUGUGUAAAGCUUGGUUUAUGCUUGAUGCGUCCACGAGGUUCGCACAGCUCUGCGGGGCAAAAUUGCAUCAUUUUAACAACCACGCCCCUCCACCGCGCCUUCGCACGGCCCAAACUUUCCGCACCGCGCACCUAGGAAAUUUUCUGACCACGCGGACGGUCGAACGCCGAAAAACAUGGCGGCCUGUCAAGAACUAGUAUGGCAGAGGUUCAUAAAUACAGACAUUUGUAUGAUUCAGCUCUCAGAGAUCACCGUGAUCAACAUGUUGUUAAUAAUUCUUGGAGAGAAAUAUCUCGCACUGUCGGAAAAGACGAGGACGCUGUUAAAAAAUGCUGGAAUGCCAUGUUGUACACAGUAAUUUCUAUUUCUACUAUGGUGUAUUGUUGGAUGCAUGCUGUAGAGCUCCAUGCUGCCCCCUACAGUUUGGGAGAAUAUUGGCUCACCGCAGAGACGAGCCGCAUGAACCAUAAACGCUGCGAGUUGUGAAGCGCGUUCCAUCCGCGAGCCGCAUCACCAAGCGGAAAGUAAAUGUGUCAAGCAUAACCCAAGCUUAAGAGCCAAUUAGUUGCUAAUUCAUUUAGGAUAUGUUAGUGAAUAAGUUUUAAAAAAUGCAUAUUUGUGAUGUUUAAAAAAUAUAAUUUAAUUUAAAAAUACAGAAACACUUAAGUUAAAAUCAUAGAAUCUAGAAGUGUUAAAAUUCAGAAACAUUUUCUUUGUGUUUUAGGCUUCCUGUAUCCCAUAAUUCCUUGUAUAGAAGGUUUUGUUGGGGUUAUUUUUUGGGUAGAUGGGAGUUGGAGCGUUAGGAGGCAACACAGUUUUUUGACCGAGUUGUAGCACGAUUGGAUUUAUAAUUAAACCAUCUUUUUAUAAAGAAGGUCAUCUGGUAUUAUUCAUGUGAUUACAAAUCUAAGUUGCUCGACCAACUUCCAACGGUGACUUAAAGAAGAAAAAGAACCGGAUUAUCACCACAGUGUGGGCA